AUUUUGUACUCAUUUCCAGGGAUUGUUGGGAUUGUAUCAUAUUUAAUAGUUGCGACUUGCGAUACUUGCGAAAAUAAAAGUGAAAUAUAUUUGAAUGAAAUUAAUACCCGCUGCAUGAAAUUAGUAAACUUUGUUUGGAAACUUGUUAUCAUGAUUUAAGCAUCGUAUCUUCGGACACAGUGAUGAGUGAUCGUAUGUAAAGCUGAAGAGACUAACUAGUUUUCAAUAAAGUUAAAAAAAAACUUUAUGAAAGCAAGUUAAGCUCGUGUAAACGAUAGAUGUGCUAAAGAGUGAAGUGUAAGCCUCUUAAAAAUAUGAUCGUUAAAGGUACAACACACUCAGACGGUACAAUGAAUUCUUCGGAUGAUACUAAUGCAUUAUAUCCUGGGCCGAGCAAUUUCUGCAGAGAUUUCAUCAAAGGUUACUGUUCCCGUGACAAUUGUCGCUUUUUACACGAACUUCCACCGAGAACUUACCUAAAAGAGCUUUUUCGUUUUUGUCACGAUUUUCAAAACAAAGGAUGUUUUCGGCAGAAUUGCAAAUUUUUACACAGUACCGUAGAGGAUGAAGAGCGUUUCUAUGCAACUGGAGAGUAUCCUCGUGAUCCAAGAAAUGCAUCGCCCCUCUGUCAAGCAUGCCCCAAUUUGGACUGCAAAUUCACACAUAACAACGAUAUGGCGUCAAAACGUAGUAUACAACCUCAAAUUUUUCACCGAAUCCAGCCAGCUCACAUCAGAGACGACGACUCGCCACCAGAGGCUAAAUUUAGAAGAUAUGCGUUUGAAGACCCUUGUCGGGAUAAUCAAACAUUGCAGGCAGCCCAAUGCCCAAACUGUGAAUCAUUGGACCAUAAAGUGCAAUUAUUACAUGAUAAUAUUAGUGUACUUCUGAAGAAAGUUACAGAUUUGACUGCAAAAAAUUCACAACUGACUUCAAUGAAUGAGUUUUUACUGGAGCAAACAGCAACUAUUAGAAGUGAUCAGCCAUGUGUGAUUACUUCCCGCCAUGGUACAUCUGCACCUUUAGCUACAGUGAGUGUGACUCCAGUGGUGAGUAUAGCAGGUGCUUUACCUACCCUGGUGCCUGCAACAGCCAACACUAACUUGACAUUAGCACCUGCCGCUUCACAAGCCCAACUAUUAACUCCAGCACCACAGAUACUUACAGUAAGCACCACUCAGCAACUUAUGGGAAACUCCGGAACACUAAUAGUAACAAGUGCUGGGGCUCAGCAACUAAUGCAAGUAAGUGAUUCUGGUACAUUGAUGGGCGGAGGACAGACUGUUGUUGCUGUGACACCAGCUCAGUUGACUUUGGCACCACCAGGUCAACAACUAAUGAACAAUGGUCCUCAAACUACAGUGCAGCAGCUAGUUCAAACAUCAGCAUUGCAGUCACAAUUGGCCCCUCAACAUCAGGCCUCACAGUAUGCUGCUCAGCAAUCAGUGCAGCAUUUAGCAGCUGCACAACAAUCUGCUCAGCAUCUAGCAGCACAGCAGUCAGCUCAGCGCCUUGCAGCUCAGCAAUCAGCACAACAUUUGGCUCAAUCCGCUCAGCAUCUUGCAGCUGCACAACAGUCAGCUCAACAGUUAGCAGCAGCUGCACAACAGUCUGCACAACAAAUGGUUGCACAACAAUCUGCACAGCAAUUGGCGGCGCAACAAUCUGCACAACAACAACUGGUACACCAAACAUCCUCUCAACAGAUAACAAUCUCCAGUACUAGUCAACCAAUGGCAUUACCAAACUCACAGGCUCAGCCAUUGACAUUUCCUAUAAUCUCUCAGAGUAUUUUGCCACAUUAAUUACACAAAUCAUUGUUAGUUUUACUGGUUUUAUUCUGAGUGCCUAGAUUGAGAUUUUCUUACUAUGUUUACUUAUGCAAUUGUAAUUUAAUUACAAUUUGUAUACAAUUGUAGUAGCACUAUGUAGUGACAAUACUGUUCACCAAAAUUGUAACUAGAUGGUGCUCUUUGGUUUCCAUAAUAUGUAUUAAAUGGUAGUUAACAUGCCAUUGAAUAAGUAAAUGUUGGUGGAAAAUCUGACACUAAGCUCCCUGUUAGAAGUAAAGUGAGUUAGCCCAA